ACGUGAGGCAGGCGGAGAGCGGGCGGGGCGGGGUUCGGUGGACCCGGAGAGGACCAAAGCACGACUGCAGCCUGGGCAGGACUUAACCGGGUCGAGUAGCCAUGCCCAAGUACUGCCGGGCUCCGAACUGCUCCAACACUGCGGGCCGACUGGGCGCUGACAACCGUCCUGUGAGCUUCUACAAACGAGGUCCACAGCCUGCAAAUGGAUGUUUCUUAAAUCUCUCUUCAUCUCUCAUGCCACCCCGCCUGCAUGAAUGUAGACAUAUUCUAGAUUUGUCCGGUUUCGGAAACUGCUCUCUCAGGCUUAUGCGGAGUAACAGAUUGUGGCUACAGAUGGGGAGAUCAGGAAGAAGGCCGCUGCAAAACUCCAGCCAGGAGAGGAUGGAGGCUGGAUGGGAGGGGCAGCAGAGGUUCCCACUGAAGGAUGGGCCCCGGCUGCAGGCCUGGCUGCGGCACAUGGGCCACGAGGACUGGGAGCCCAGCUGCCACCAGCACCUGUGCAGUGAGCAUUUUACACCUUCCUGCUUCCAGUGGCGCUGGGGUGUGCGCUACCUGCGACCCGAUGCAGUGCCGUCCAUUUUCUCCCCGGCACCCCCUGCUAAGAGGCAACAGAGUUCCCGCAGCACUGAGAAGCCAGUCGUGCCUCCCUCCCCACCAGAGGGCACGCCCCUGUCCCCUGGUCCUGCUGUCCUCUGUCCUCGGCCAGGCCCUGUGCCCCUUGUGGUACUGGGGUCAGCAUCUGGAGGCCCUGAGGCUGCGACCACCGUGUUCCUGACCCCCCUGCCACCUCCUCCUGCUCCUGCGAGGCCGCAGCCUGGAGUCCAGGCCCAGCACCCGCUGGCCAGGUUGGACGCUGUCCUGGGAGCGCUGCGGCGGCGGGUUCGGAGCCUGCAGAGGCGCCAGGAGCAGCAUGAGCUGCGGCUGCGGGCCCUAGAACAGUUGGCGCAGCAGCUGUGCCAGGAGGGCCCCCCGAGCCCCGUGAGUGUGGCCACCCGGCCCCCGUAGCCUGUGUCUUUUCCUUUAAACCAGAGACCGGUAUUGUAAAAGUCAGAACACUUUACUCAUGUUUCCAAGUGUCUGGCUUUUCUUGAGAAAGUCAAUCUGGUAACACCUAUCAACUGUUGGUCAGAGCAGGGUAAUGGCUGCUCUGUUUCUUAAUAAUAUUUAAAGAGCCCUUUCUCUCUGCCAGACAUUGUUAAUAACUUACUGAAAACUCACUAUGACCUUCAUGCAGCUGUGGUCCCCAUUUUUCAGAUGGAAAAACAGGCACCAGGACGCUACAGUAACUUGCCCAAAGUCAGGCAGCCACGAAGAGGCACAACCAGGAUUCAAGCCAGGGGUCUGACUCCACAGCAGGCCAGUGCCCUCCUAUUGGAGAGCUCCCUGCCGGGCCCCUAACAGAGCUUGAGUUUGAGUUUGCAGCCUUUCUACCAGAGUCGCCCCGGCCCCAUCUAAAGGCCUUUAUGUUCCUGCUUUUACUACUGAGUAUUGGAGGAGGGUAUCCUCUCUUGAAGAAUCAGUUUGACUAGGCCUUUUCCUUGCUAAAAACCCUAGGGCCAAGUUGGAGGUUCCAGGGCUCUCAGCCCUGGCUGGACAAGAGAAGUGAGAAGGGGUUUCAGAAAGGAACCCCCGCCCCAGGGUGGCUGGGUGGCUCAGUGAGUUAAACAUCUGCCUUCAGCUCAGGUCAUGAUCCUGGAAUCCCAGGAUUGAGCCCCUCACUGGGCUCCCUGCUCAGCAGAGACCCUGCUUCUCCCUUUGCC